AAGGUCGAAAGUCGGACAAUGACGUAGACGUUAUAGGACUACUUAAUGCUCGUCCAGAGGUCUUGUUUUCCAGACUACGGGCUCUUGCCUUUUUGGUAACAUCACGGGUCAAUAGCGGCAGAUUGCUCUGCACGUCUUCAGCGGUAUUUUCGUGCGUGCAGUAGUAGCAUUUAGCUUGUUGAGCAGUCAUGGCUAUGGUGGGGCUGAGAGUUUCUUACCACAGAAUCCUCGACAGGAUCGAGCAUAUGCUGCCGGCUAAACUGAGACCCAUAUAUAACCAUCCUGCAGGUCCAAAGACUGUUUUCUUCUGGGCACCAAUGUUUAAAUGGAGUCUGGUCAUAGCUGGCAUAGCAGACAUGACACGUCCAGCAGAGAAACUCAGUCCCUCCCAAUCUGCUGUGUUGACAGCCACAGGUCUUAUUUGGUCCAGGUAUUCCUUGGUUAUUAUACCCAAGAAUUGGAAUCUCUUUGCUGUAAAUUUCUUUGUUGGAAGUGCAGGAAUAUCACAGCUCUUCAGAAUAUGGAAGUAUAACCAGGAACUGAAGGCAAAGGAGAAAGAAGCUAAGCUUGAUAGCAGUGCUGUGUAAAGGGCAUCCAGAGGACUGAAAGGGACUCUCCUCGACUGGUACCCCAGAAAGUUCCCCUCCAUCAACAGUCCUCCAGUAGAGCCUCCACAUAAUUUCUUCAUGAACAGAGAUCAUCUGAUUCUUUUAUAUUUCAGGUCAUUAUCCCGUGCCAAUAGUACCUAUAGCAACAACUAAUACGGUUGUUAAUAACGCACACAAUGUUACAUAUUCAUUAGGGCUGUCAACAAAUUUUUUUUUUAACUUCGAAUAUUCGUUGAAUUUAAAAUAAAAAUCCACAUUCGAAUGCAAAAAUGUUGCAUUCGAAUUUUAGGUGUGGAUUGAGGAGGCUGCCUUAUAAGCCCUGGGUAUACUUCACAGUCCAUGUUCCGUUCCGUCUCGCCAACAGCCGUGUGGACUAGCUCGACACGCAGUACCACUUCUGUUUCAUCAUUCACCUUGUGUAUGGCCGAAGUAUACUUGACCUUCAUCAGUGGCGCACGAGAUGCGACGACGAUGUAAAUGUCAUUGCAUUUUAAGGUUUAUGUUAGCCUAUCCAGUUGAAGCCACUAGAAAAAAAGAAGAAGAAAAGAACACAAAUGUGGAGAUCUUGUUUACAUCAAAACUAAAACCAAGCCAUUCACACAGAACGCAUAUUUUGCACAGUUUCUAAAGUGACUUGCGUCUCGCACAAGAGAGCCGCAUGUUUAGAAAAACAUGUAAAAUUAAUGUAAGUUCCAGUUUUUAAAAACAUAUCUUGAGACUUUAUGGUGGGUUUUGGUUCCCCAUCCCACUACAUCUCAUGUUUUUAAAUGAAAAAAUGUAUUCUAUGUGACUGGCUUUACGUCCUUUUUAUUUAACUAUGCAUAUAUACAUGACGCUGUUUUGUUUAUAGUUCUUUAAGCAACAUAAUUAAUUAUAAUUGGUUCAUAAACAUUAUUUUAAAUAUUAUGGUUUAUUUUUUUUUAUUUUAUUUUUUUCACAGUCAUGUAUUUUAGUGCUUUGAAUAAACGUGUAUUAGUAAUAUUUUGCUCGAUGCACCCUCUUGCGGCCUCAGGAAAGAAGCCAAAAGCUUUUCUUCACCGUUACUGAAAUUAUGCAUUUUAAAUUCAAAUAUAAUUCGAAUUUGUAUAAUAUUUAAGUAAAAAUUUAGAAUUUAGCUUUUCAUCUAUUUUGACAGCCCUAAUAUUCAUAUUAGUAUGACUGUACAUUUUUUAAAAGGCUUGAGAUUCAGAUGCAUCUUGAUAAAGGUGUUUUCCAUCCAAUAUACUUGAGUUACCGUCAUAAUUCUUGCCACUAAAUGAAUUUCUUCACUUUGCUUCUGUCAUACUGUUAUCAGAAUGUGUCCAAAUAAAUUUUAGAAAAGUC